UUCCAGUCGUCUGGAAACCGCCAAACCGAUUUGACAUUUGGCAUUCCCGCCAUUUUUCACGUCAAACUGUAAUUUCGGAUACACGACCCGAAUAAAAUAAUCUAUUGAUUGAUUAGUUGCAAGUGACUUUUUGAAACUGUGUCGUUAGUUUUAAAUAUUUAAAAUUUAUUUUGGACUUUAAAUAUGGAGUCGGUAAAUACAGCGAAAGUUAUAGUGACAGUAUUUUUUUUGUGUUUGUUUGUUGAGAGCAAUGCUAAGUUGAAUGAGAAUAAGACAGAUUUUGGAGCUGAACUUAAAACUCCGAGGAAGCUCAACGAUGGAGCGGCCAUGGUGUUCGCUGAUGAACUGAAACAAACCCUUGACAGAUACCUCUUCGGGAUAUGCCCUCAGAGCUUUAAGUCUCGUUGGUUCCAGCUGCCGCUGAAGGGCAAGAACAUGACGACGGUGACCUGCGACCUGGACGCUGAUCAGCACGACCUGGCUGGCAGACUAGCAACACUAGCUCUGCGCGCGCACAGUGCGGCGCGAUCGGACUGCGCGCGGCUCGGCGCCGCGCUCGCUAACACGCUCGGCGAUCUAGCGCGCACCGCCGCUAACAGACAGCUGUUGGCUGCAGCUGCGAGUAACGAGCAAAAGAAGAGAAAACUGUCGAAAAGCCAGAAAAUGAAGAUCCAAGCAAAACAGAGGACAGCUCUCGCCGUCAAGAAGAAGGCAGCUGCGGCCGCCGCUGCCGCUGCAGCCAAGAUGUCCGCCUAAUAGGGGAGGGCCUAAUGUACCGAAUGUUUUGUGCAGUUGAUAGAUGUCAGUUUUCAAGGGUGUAGAGGUAUUAUACACCUAUAAAAAAUCUUGGAUAUUUUUAUAAUAUUUAACAACAAGAAAUAAUCAACUGCAACAGAAAACGGUCAGACAGUUAUUUAACCCGAGGAAUUGAGGACCGCUUCCUUUUUGGGAAGUCGGUUAAAAAUGGUCUUGCAUGACUUUUUAAGUUUAAUGAUACUUUUUUUAACCACCAUAAAAAGUUUGGAUUAAAAACGGCACGGCAUUUAUCGUGACUUACGUAUGUAUAAAAAAACUAAACCAAACGAAUGUUUGAGUGAGUCUUUUGAUACGAUUUUUUAAUAACUAAGAAAAGAAAGGGGUUUAUGCGUAUUGGAUAAUCUCUGGAAGUGGGACUUGGAUGGAUUCCAGAAAUUCUUUCACUAAUAGAAAGCUCUGUUAUCUAUGUGUAUUAAUACAGAUA